GAAUUAACCUCUGCGUGUUCUUGUCGUCUUCAAUUCGCACACGAAACUGACCUUGUCCUGCCAUUGUUUCCCGGGCAUGAGCAGUAUGUAGUCGCCUGGCGCCUGCUGCCUACACCUAUAAAGCAACGCCAAACCUUCAUACGCCGGCUACUUACUAAACUACUCCCUAAUCCUUACCUUCUUUCUCUCCAUUGCGAACCGCUUCCUCUUCAUCGGAGUGAUCUAUACUAGGCUAGGUUGCUAGCAGCUAGGUCGUCUCUGUGCAGUGAACUAGCUAGUCUCGAUUGGACACCACCAUGUAUAGCGCUAGUGCCAUGGAGGCCGCCGAGGAUUUCGGGAAAUCAUGGCUCGGCCUAGGGAUAGGCGGCGGCGAUCUGAAGCGGAGCCACGGCGAGCGGAGGUCGUCGGCGGCGGUGCGGCUCGACUUGCUGUUCCCGCAGCAGAGCGUCAAGGAAGAAGCUGCGGUGGGCACCAAGGCAGAGAAGGGUGCUCGGAAGAGGUUGAAGAUCACCGAUGACGGCGACGGCCGCCGGUCUCUCGAGUCGAGCCCGAGCGACGACGGUGGCGACGGCUGCGCAGGCACGAGGAAGAAGCUCCGGCUCACCAAGGAGCAGUCGACCCUGCUCGAGGACACCUUCCGCGCCCACAACAUACUUUCCCACGCUCAGAAGCACGAGCUCGCGCACCAGGUGAAUCUAAGCGCGAGACAGGUGGAAGUGUGGUUCCAAAACAGGAGGGCAAGAACAAAGUUGAAGCAGACGGAGGUGGACUGCGAGAUCCUGAAGCGAUGCUGCGAGAGCCUCACCGGCGAGAACCAGCGGCUGAAGCACGAGCUCUUGCAGCUGCAGCGGUCGGCGGCGGCCGGGCUCUGCGUGCAGUUCCCGCGGCGGGCCCCGGCGACGGCUACCAUCUGCCCGUCCUGCGAGAAGGUCACCGUGACGACGAGCGGCGGCGAGACAAGCAACAAGAGCUCCAGCAGCUAUUCCUCCUGAUGAGCGAGAUCGAGGCCGAAGCGUAGUGUGCUUCAUCUAUCUUGGUUUAGUUUGAUGAGAUGGUUAAAUUUCGAGGUUUCAUGUGAGUUUGUGUAGAUAAAGUGUGCGUGCAUGCUAAUAACUUUGGUGGCUUACACACAGUAUAGUAUAGCUUUAGGGAUGCUUGUGGUCUGCAAAAUUCUGCAUGCAGAACAUAUAUGCAUGCAAGCUUUGUGCAAUAGAGAGGUGACAAAAUAUAGUUGUAAUACAUGAUCAUCAGUCAUGAACUGAUUUGAGUUUAGGAUAAACUCAAAGAUCAUGUAGCACCAGCUAAUGUAGCCACACACCAAUUUCUUCUUAAUUUGUUAUGUUUGCUAUGUUUGUUUCAUUGCACAUAGCAACACUAUAUUAUUAUACAGCAAUUUUGAUUU